GGAGGAAUCAGGAGCAGCAGCAAGUCUAAGCGCGCUGAGCCAAGGUGCAGAGAAUCAUUUGCGGAGGCAGGUGACCAUGGCAUCUGGUGCCAGCAUGGAGGCUCCCAUCUGUCUAGUAGAAAAUGAGAAUGAAGAGCUGAGGGUGAACCCCAAAGCAAUAAACAUUCUUGAGAAGGUUACUCAGCCUGUGGUGGUGGUGGCCAUUGUAGGACUGUACCGUACGGGGAAGUCUUACCUGAUGAACCGCUUGGCAGGACAGAACCAUGGCUUCAAUCUGGGUACCACAGUGAGGUCUGAAACUAAGGGCAUCUGGAUGUGGUGUGUUCCUCACCCCAGCAAGCCAGAAUACACACUCGUGCUUCUGGACACGGAAGGGUUAGGUGAUGUGGAAAAGGGUGACCCUAAGAAUGACUCAUGGAUCUUCGCCCUGGCCGUGCUUCUAAGCAGCACCUUGGUCUACAACAGCAUGAGCACCAUCAACCACCAGGCCCUGGAGCAGCUGCACUAUGUAACUGAACUGACAGAGCUGAUCAGGGCAAAAUCCACAGCUAGGUCUGAAGAAAUGGAUGACUCUGAUAGGUUUGUGAGUUUCUUUCCAGACUUCAUCUGGGCUGUUCGAGAUUUCGUUCUAGAGCUGAAGUUAGAUGGACGCGUCAUCACAGAAGAUGAGUACCUGGAGAAUGCCCUGAAGCUCAUCCCAGGCAGGAGUCUCAAAGUCCAAAGUUCUAACAUGCCUAGGGAAUGCAUCAGGCACUUUUUUCCAAAACGAAAGUGUUUUGUCUUUGAUCGACCUAUAAAAGAAAAAGAACUCUUGGUCCACGUUGAGGAAAUUCCAGAAAACCAGUUGGAUCACAAUUUCCAAGUGCAAUCAAAAGUAUUCUGUUCCUACAUCUUCUCCAGUGCAAAGGUCAAGACCUUGAAAGAGGGAAUCAUUGUCAAUGGAAACCGACUGGCGACUCUGGUGACAACCUAUGUGGACGCCAUCAACAGCGGGACUGUGCCGUGUUUGGAGAAUGCGGUGACAACCCUGGCUGAGCGUGAGAACUCCAUAGCUGUGCAGAAGGCAGCUGACCACUACAGUGAGCAGAUGGCCCAGCUAGUGAGGCUCCCCACGGACACGCUCCAGGAGCUGCUGAAUGUGCAUGCAGCCUGCCAGAAGGAAGCCAUCGCUGUCUUCAUGGAGCACUCCUUCAAGGACGAAAACCAGCAAUUCCAGAAGAACUUGGUGGUCACCAUAGAGGAAAAAAAGAAAGACUUCUUGAGACAGAAUGAAGCAGCAUCUCUCAGUCACUGCCAGGCUGAGCUGGAGAAGCUUUCAGAGACCCUGAAGGAGAACAUCUCACGUGGAGCCUUCUCUGUUCCCGGGGGACACAGCCUCUACUUAGAAGCUAGGAAGAAGGUUGAGCAGGACUAUCAGCGGGCGCCCAGGAAGGGAGUUAAGGCAAACCAUGUCCUUCAGAGCUUCCUCCAGUCACAGAUUCCCAUAGAGGACUCCAUCCUGCAGUCAGACAGAGCCCUCACUGAGGGCCAGAAGGCCAUGGAAGCUGAGCGGGCUCAGAAGGAGGUGGCUGAGAAGGAGCAGGAGCUACUAAGGCAGAAACAGAAGGAAAUGCAGCAAGUGAUGGAGGCUCAAGAGAGAACCUACAAGGAAAACAUGGCCCAACUGCAGGAGAAGAUGGAGACAGAAAGGAAGAACAUCCUGAGAGAGCAAGAGGAGAUGCUCAUACACAAAUUGAAGGUCCAAGAAGACAUGCUCAAGGAGGGAUUUGAAAGGAAAUAUGAAGCAAUGGAUUCAGAGAUCAGCCAACUACAAAAAGAGAUUCAAAAAAAUAAGGAUCAGAAUAGCUUAUUGCAUGCACAAAUCUUGGAUGGAUUUGGAAAUGUGUUAGUUUCAGUAUUGCCCGGCACGGGUAAGUUUCUUGGUCUAGGGAUGAAAAUUUUAAGCAGUCAAAUGAGAUAAACAAAGAGUUCUUGUCAUAAAACUGUAAGUUUGGCUCCUUUUUUCCUGAAACUUAUUUUUGAAGUUCGUGUUAUGUAAAUUCAUUUAUUAAAUAUUAAAUUUCAAAAACCAAGAAUACAGGUCACUCUCCACAAACUGAUGGCAAGGCCCCACUGCUAAGGACAACACGUGUCCUCAAAUCAUCAAACAUGGAGAACUAAGCUGAAGCCCAAAGAGUGGGCACCUUACUACCAUCUUUGGCACAGGAAGAUACUCUAUAGGAAAAACAUAAACGCCAGCGUGGUCGAAAACCCUUUGGUCUGCAAUAGUGUCCUGACUGCAAAAUAUGCUAGUGUAGCUGCAGCACAAAACUCCUGAGGACAGCCAGCCAAUAUCUGAUUUGACUUAAGGCCCACUCCACAGGAUGAGACCCAUACCUGACACCGGUUUGGGGGACCAAGAACCCAAGACUAGAUAGCCCAGGGAACCUAGAGUAAAACCAAGUACUACUGUUAUAUUUAAAAAAUAGCAAUAAAAUGACACCUAGUCACAUUCUGCUAUCCUCAUAGAUCAGUGCGUUGCUCAGCCAUCAUUAGGGAAGCUUCCUCCUGCAGCAGAUGGGAACAGAUACAGAGACCUGGAGCCAGAAAUUAUACAGAGAGUGAGAGACUUGGGGACACUCAGCCCUAAAUGGGGCUCCCUCCCCUUGGGGCUCAGGAACGCUAUGAAAGAGGAGGCAGAAAGAGUUUAAGAACCAGAGGGGUUGAAGGACACCAAGAAAACAAGUCACCUCCCCCCUGCCCUUGAGGUUGAAGAAAAGACUCAGAUAUUAAGAACACUGGUGUUGAUAAGAGAUAUUUCUAUUCUCCAGUGCCAUAGAGUUUGUGAUCCUUUGGUUUCCCCAAUAUUGGUUCUCUUACUGAAAAACUUAAAGCAUUGGUAAACCCAGCCAACGUAACCUUCACAGCCUAUGGAGCUGAUGCACAGCUCAUGUCAGCAGCAAAUGGUGAAUGUCAAGCAAUUCACUGAUAAACUCCAGUUGAUCAACCUCCAAUUGAUUGACAUCGCUAAGAGUUUUUGUACAGACCUUCUCCAGCAUUACUGCCGUGGAGUAUGAACCUUGGUCAUAUGAAUUCUAAUGUUUGCAGUGUUAAAAUGUUUGGCAAAUGCACACCAAUGAUACAGACUAAACGAUGUCUCCCUCCUAGAAAAUGUAUGAUUCUUUUAAAUUUUUAUACAUAUAUGUGUGUUAUACAAUUUAGACUAUUCAAGUAACAAACUAACUUGAAAUGUUCAUCUUAGGUAAAGGAGUUUUUGAGAAUUAGUCUCCUGUGCAAACAUUAAAAUACAAACCAUUUAAUUUUAGAUAAUCAGUAUGUCCAGAAUAUUAUUUAAAUAAACCGGUGAGAAGAAUCUUUAUAAACAGGUGUUAAGUGAGAUCAUUUGAUAUGGACUAACUAGGAUGUUAAUAAUGAAAUGAUAUGCUUACGUUUGGAUUUAAAACAAUUUCAAACAGUCACUAGCUAUUUUGGUUUACUUUGAAGAACAUCAACUUACUUCAGUUAUAUAUACCAUCCGAAACGUUUUAUAUGGGAUAAGAAAUAUUCCAUUGAAUUUUUGUGCUGUAAUGUGGGAAAAUGUCCUAUUUUUCACAGUUUCUGUCAAUAUGAAAUAAAGUUCAAUUCUGGCAAAAAUUAAA